AUGGCCUCCGGUCCCUGCGGCGGGGUCGCCGGUGCAGCCCCGCGGGGAGGCAAGGGCCCAGGGCAAAGGCGGAUGCUCCUCAAGGGCUUGCGCCUAGGCGCACACGUGUCCAUCCGCUAUCGGGAAAAGAAAGGCCCCGGUGUCUUUGAGGAGCGUCUAGACUUUGAAGGGACCAUUGCUGACAAGCGCGUGGGCUGGGACAACCGCGAGUCCUACGUGGAGCUGAAGGAGUGCCUCAGACUGAACCGAGAAGGCGAAAUCAUCGAGGUGGUUGGCAAGAAACAGCUCUACGAUGCCUUCAUCGAAGAGGUGGAGGUGGUUGAGAAGACUGAGCGCCGGCUCUCUGCAGAGCUUCGGGCAGCACGGCAGGCCAAGGCUAAGGCCAAGAAGGCUCUGGGGCCGCCUGGCGCCGUACCGGUGCAGACAAAGGGUGAGGACAGCGACAGCGACGAUGGGCCGGUUCCGGGCAUGCUCCCGGGCCUGAUGUUUGGCAUGGGGCCCAUGGGAAUGGGGAUGAUGCCGAUGGGCGGCCUGUGCGGCAUGCCCUUGGGAAUGGGCUUCAUGCCGAUGCCCGUAGCAAUGCCUGUGGCUAUGCCUGGCAUGGCGAUGCCGGGACCCAUGGCCUGUCCGGCCGUCCCUGCCUGCGCAGCAGGCGCCCCAGCGCCUAAUCGCGAGACAGCGCGGAGCCGAAGCCGAAGCCGAGGCGCCUAG